CCUUGUUUCCCGUGGGUCGCUUCCACUUCGAAUAAAUAAGAAUCGAUCACCACGUCAAGGCAGGUUUGUUUCGUAGUCCCGUCACUCCUUUCCCAGUCCUGCUUCAAUCUACCACGCAGUCUCCAGUCCCUCUAACCACCCACUCAACACAACACAACCAUGGCCAGCCGUCAAUUCGUCGACCCGGUUCAACUCCUCCGAAUCACGCCUCUCAUCGCAGCGACCUUGACCCUCGAUCAUGCCUUCGACAGCAACCUCUUCCUCUCAGCCCUCAACCAGCCCGAAACGCGCUCGAAAAGCAAUGCCGCUCUCUCCACCUACUUCCCCGUCGUCUCUCACGCAGGCUUCUACCGCCGCUUGACUUCCGUCUCUUUGACCCUCGUCACCGCCGUCGCCAACUUGUACUCCCGCGGCAGCCCGGCAAGAGCUUGGUACCGCGCCGGUGCGAUAUUCGCAGUGGCACACUUCAUCUUCAUGCCCUUCAUGAUUGGCUCCAAGGAAGCCAUUCGUACAAAUCAUCCUGCAAGAAAUGCGAAUAUUGCUUUGGACGAGUGGCUUUGGUUCAACAGAUUGAGAGGUCUGACUGUUGACUUGGGUGCUUUCCUCGCUCUGGGUGUCGCUGUUGUCAAGAGUUUGGGCAAUUGAAAACAUACACAUCAGUGAGAAGACGGAAGUUGCUGGGCAAAAUUCGUGAGGACGAGCAAUAGUUUGACGUGAGGAUUGCUGGCGUGCACCCCUGCGGCACCUAUCUGUCCAUCGCGCUGCCCCUACACGAGCCAUCCAUCAUGGCUCGACUCGGCGUGCAUAAGUCCCGAGUUGAAGGAGAUUUUGACAUAAGUCAGGGUCACGUAUCAGUGACGCGAAGUGAUGGGAGACCAGAUCAAAGCUACGGCAUGAGAAUGGAUGUGUGCUAGAAGUGGUGUGAACAUUGCAAGUCUUGCAUUGUUCCAUGAAAUACUAUAUAACUUAGAGGGUAUCACAGAGUGACGACAUAUCGUCGAAAAUAUAAAGCAGAAGUGUAGUGCCUGUCAGCCUACAAUGACAAAGGAAAGU